GGCCUUUAUUUAAGGCACAUCCCACUGUCCUCCACUCUUCACACCCUCCUUCCAUAGCCUAGCUCUCGGAGAAGAUGGCCGCCAUGCUCGGCACCACUCUUCUCGCCCUCUCUCUUUUCCUUCUCAACGUCGCCGUCAGCCACGGCGCGCUUCAGUUCGGGUUCUACACCGGCAAGUGCAAAGGCACCGACGUGGAGACCGCCAUUAGAGGCAUCGUUGCAGCGCGCUUCGCCAAGGACCCCACCAUUCUCCCUGCUCUCCUCCGCAUGCAGUUCCACGACUGCUUUGUCAGAGGCUGCGAUGCUUCGAUACUACUGGAUGUGCCCAACAGCGAGAAGCAAGCAGGCGCUAACCAAAGUGUGAGAGGCUAUGAGCUGAUCGAUGAGAUCAAGGCAGCUCUGGAAAAAGCAUGUUCUGGGGUGGUUUCUUGUGCUGAUAUCAUUAUUGCGGCUACAAGAGACGCUGUGGUCUUGGGUGGUGGACGGCGGUACGAGGUCCAAACAGGGAGGAGGGAUGGCACCAUCUCCCGUGCUUCAGAUGUAAAUCUCCCGGGGCCUUCCAUAUCAGUCUCCGACGCCAUUGGGCUGUUCAACGCCAAAGGACUUACUGCAGAGGACACGGUUUUACUCUUAGGAGGUCACACGGUUGGAGUCACCCACUGCUCAUUCAUCUUGAGUCGCCUGUACAACUUCAACGGAUCCGGCAAGCCCGAUCCGACCAUGGACCCUGCUCUUGUGGCCACUCUGAGGCGCCGGUGCCCUCAGAAUCUAGUAGUCGACAGCCCUGUCAACCUGGACCAGAACGCUUCCAGCGCCAACACAGUGGACGACAGCUUCUACAAGCAGAUAGUUGCGAAGCGGGGCGUGCUUCAGAUCGAUCAGAGGAUAGCCUUGGACGCUGCAACCGGCGCCACCGUCGCGCUUCUUGCCGGCGGGCGGAUGGACUUCUCCACCCGGUUCGGCAGUAGCAUGGUCAAGUUGGGCGCCGUCGAGGUGCUCACCGGAACGCAGGGAGAGAUCAGGAGGUCCUGCCGAGCCCCCAACAAACGUACGCAGUCUCUUGGUGGCGAUCCAUUUGUGAUCGAGCCGUUCGUCCAAGAACAACUACAAAGCAGUGCUGUCGUCCCACGGUGAUGGUUUCAGCUUUGUUUAUCUUGCGCCGUCCAAUAAAAUCUUUUGUCGCCGAUCCAA